CCGGUCAAUGCAGGGGAUGGAGUCGGCGGGCUUUGGCUGCCGCUGCUCAAAAUGAAGCCCUGCGAGGCCCAAAUCCGCGUGACAGAGCCUCUGCGACGAGGCAGGGAGGGAAAGAGAGGAAGAGGGAGAGAUGGGUGGGUUUGGUUUCUUCGUGGCGACGAGGGUGAUGGAGAUCGUGAAGAAGCACGACUCGGGAGGGCUAGUGUGGAAGAGGAUCAAGCUCACCUCUACCCGCAAAGCUAACGCCAAGAAGAGGCUCCGCCGCGUCUGGCAGAAUGAAGCAGUACUGAGGGCUUGUUCUGAACCUCCUCCCGAAGUAUAUACUCCAGAUAUUGCAAAAAUCGUGGAAAGGAACAUUAAGAAAUCUUAAAACAGAAAAUAAUAGGAAACAACCUUGAAGGAGCUGCAGCCACCGUUUUGACCUUCAAGAUGGCCUGCUAUGUGCAAGAAGUUAAUGAUCUCUGUCAUGUUCAUAGGAGCCAAAUUUCUUCUGGGGUUGUAUUAAAUUGGUUAUCCACCUUGUUGACGGAGUUAGUAUUUGAACUUUGACAAGUAUCUCUCCUCUGCUGUUUUCGAAAAGCAAUUUUAGAGUGGGCCUUAUGAGGUGCACUUAAGAUCUGCAUAGAAGGGCUUCACCGCAUCAACAUACUUAGAUGUUGAGGUGUGCCCCAUGUGAACACUGUUUGUCUAAAUGGAGUCUCUCAUAUAACCGCUUUUCGAUCA